CACCAACUCCAGCCGGUCCCGGCUGCCUGCCCAGUCACCCGAUCCGCCCCGUAAACUUGACGGCGGGGCGCGGCUGGCUUGGUGGGGGCGGGGGCUGCUCCUUAAAGGAGCCGUCAGAGGGUGCCCUUCGGCCCCUAGGCUUCUCCCCUUCUCAAGGGUGAGAAGGGGCUAGGGUGAGGAGACGCUGCUGCCGGAGCUCUCUGUGGAGUGUGAGAAGGCAACCAGGUGUUUUGUGACAUCGCAGACCUCACAGGCUUAGAAGCGGCAGUGAUCCUGGGGCAGAGUCCAGGGCGGCUCAAGACUCCUCCACACACACCCGCUGAACCCUGAGCACCCUGAGCCCCGGGGAUGGGGCGGGCCGAGGCCGCCGCCAUGAUCCCGGGCAUAGCCAUGUUCUGGGUGGCAGUGCUGGGGGGUGCUGCUCCCCACACCCCACGCCUUCGCCUCUCCUUUCAAGAGCUCCAGGCCCGGCAUGGCCUCCGGACCUUCAGGCUGGAAAGGACCUGCUGCUACGAAGCUUUGCUGCUGGAUGAGGAGCGUGGACGUCUGUUUGUGGGUGCCGAGAACCAUGUGGCCUCUCUCAGCCUGGACAACAUUAGCAAGCGGGCCAAGAAGCUGGCCUGGCCUGCCCCUGUGGAAUGGCGAGAGGAGUGCAACUGGGCAGGGAAGGACAUUGGUACCGAGUGCAUGAACUUCGUGAAAUUGCUGCAUGCCUACAACCGCACCCACUUGCUGGCCUGUGGCACAGGGGCCUUCCACCCAACCUGUGCAUUUGUGGAGGUGGGCCACCGGCUGGAGGAGCCCAUGCUCCGCCUGGACCUUCAGAGGCUAGAGGAUGGCAAGGGCAGGAGUCCUUAUGACCCCAGACAUCGGGCUGCCUCCGUGCUGGUGGGGGAAGAAUUGUACUCGGGAGUGGCCGCAGACCUCAUGGGCCGGGACUUUACCAUCUUCCGCAGCCUAGGCCAGCGUCCAAGCCUCCGAACAGAGCCACACGACUCCCGCUGGCUCAAUGAGCCCAAGUUUGUCAAGGUCUUUUGGAUCCCAGAGAGUGAGAACCCAGACGAUGACAAGAUCUACUUCUUCUUCCGUGAGUCGGCAGUGGAGGCCACACCCACACUGGGACGCCUGUCUGUGUCUCGAGUUGGCCAGAUCUGCAGGAAUGAUGUGGGCGGCCAGCGCAGCCUGGUCAACAAGUGGACUACAUUCCUGAAGGCACGGCUGGUGUGCUCAGUGCCUGGCACUGAGGGUGACACAAACUUCAACCAGCUUCAGGACGUGUUCCUGCUGUCCUCUCGAGAUCGCUGGACCCCACUGCUCUAUGCUGUCUUCUCCACAUCCAGCAGCAUCUUCCAGGGCUCUGCAGUGUGCGUGUACAGCAUGAAUGACGUACGCCGGGCCUUCCUGGGACCCUUUGCGCACAAGGAGGGGCCCUUGCACCAGUGGGUGUCCUACCAGGGCCGCGUCCCUUACCCCCGACCUGGCAUGUGCCCCAGCAAGACCUUUGGCACCUUCACUUCCACCAAGGACUUUCCUGAUGAUGUCAUCCAGUUUGCCCGGAACCACCCCCUCAUGUAUAACUCAGUCUUGCCCAUGGGGGGACGCCCUCUCUUCCUACAAGUGGGUGCCGGGUACACCUUCACUCAGAUUGCUGCCGACCGAGUAGCAGCUGCUGAUGGACACUACGACGUCCUCUUCAUUGGCACAGAUGCUGGCACAGUGCUGAAGGUGAUCUCUGUUCCCAAGGGUGGCCGGCCUAAUGCUGAAGGGCUGCUCCUGGAGGAGCUGCAUGUGUUUGAGGACUCAGCAGCUGUCACCAGCAUGCAAAUCUCCUCCAAGAGGCACCAACUGUACGUAGCCUCUCGGAGCGGGGUGGCCCAGAUUCCGUUGCACCGCUGUGCUGCCCACGGCCGCGCCUGUGCCGAAUGCUGCCUGGCACGUGACCCCUACUGCGCCUGGGAUGGGGCCGCCUGCACGCGAUUCCAGCCCAGUGCCAAGAGGCGGUUCCGAAGACAGGACAUAAGGAACGGUGACCCCAGCACGCUGUGCUCUGGAGACUCUUCCCAUCCCGAGCUGCUAGAGCGGAAGGUGUUCGGUGUAGAGGGAGGUAGCGCCUUCCUGGAGUGUGAGCCUCGCUCGCUGCAGGCACGAAUGGAGUGGACCUUCCAGAGCGCUGGGGAGACCGCUAGCACUCAGGUGCCGGCAGAAGAGCGCUGCGAGCGCACUACGCGGGGGCUGUUGCUGCGCGGGCUGCGGCGUGGAGACUCCGGCGUGUAUCUGUGCGCAGCAGUGGAGCAAGGCUUUUCGCAGCCGCUGCGUCGUUUGGCGCUGCACGUGCUGAGUGCCACGCAGGCCGAAAGGCUGGCCCGGACAGAGGAGGCUGCUCCUGUCGCACCGCCAGGACCCAAGCUCUGGUACAGGGACUUCCUGCAGCUGGUGGAGCCCGGAGGCGGUGGCAAGAAUUCCUUGCGAAUGUGUCGUCCACAACCCGCGCCGUGCCCACUGCCUCCUGAAUCGCGGAGGAAGGGCCGCAACCGGAGGACACACGCCCUAGAACCGCGUGCUGAGCGGGGGCCACGCAGCGCAGUGCACUAGUGAUUCUGUCGUCCCCACGCCGGGGACUGGGGAGGAGG